CAGCCGGAUCCUCCAGCAUCCCACAGUUCCUUGCGCGCUCCCGCCGUGCGCGGCCGCUUCCUUCCCCACAGAGCGGGAGCGUGAGGCCGCGGCCAUGGCGUACCGCGGGCAGGGCCAGAAGGUGCAGAAGGUGAUGGUGCAGCCCAUCAACCUCAUCUUCCGCUACCUGCAGAACAGGUCCAGGAUCCAAGUGUGGCUUUACGAGCAGGUGAACAUGCGGAUAGAAGGCUGCAUCAUUGGCUUUGAUGAAUACAUGAACUUGGUGCUGGACGAUGCAGAGGAGAUUCACUCCAAAACAAAGUCAAGGAAGCAGCUGGGUCGGAUCAUGUUGAAAGGGGACAAUAUCACCCUGCUGCAGAGUGUUUCUAACUAGGAUGUGGUGUUCUUCACUUGGAACAACGGCUCCGCUGCUUCAGAGGGAAUAAAGAGCUGGUGGGGGCAGGACCAGCUCGUAGAGGGGGAGUUCUGGGUAGUUGGGGUCACCUGCAGGAUUGAAACCUGCCCCUUCGCAUCAACAAUGAUGAUGUAUUUCACAAAUAAACGUUUUUCACAGGAACUGUAAA